GAGCCGCCAGUUUCUCCCGCUUGUCUCGUGGAGAACCGCACAGGAGCAUCUGCUGCGCCGCGCAACAUCUCCAAUUUUCGUCUGAGAGGACAGACGCCAAUUUCCUGUGUUACAUUUGGCGCAAAAAUGAUGAAACUGAAGCUCCUGUCCACAGCCAUCCUCUGCGGACCACUCUGCGCGGCCCUCACGCCGCCGAGCAGACCUCUUACUGGCAGGGGCCUGACGACGUUGGCGGCCGGCGCGUCGGGACCGCAGAGACAAAUCCUCCUCGUCGCGGCGGGCGUCCUCGCGAAGUCGGGCCGCGUGCUGCUCCAGCAGCGCUCGGACCCUCCACAACUCGCGGGGCUGUGGGAGUUCCCCGGCGGGAAGGUGGACCCCGGCGAGACGCUCGAAAAAGCCCUCGCCCGCGAGCUCGACGAGGAGCUCGCCAUAUCCGUGGAGGAGACGGACCUCGAGCCGAUCGCGUUCACGUCGCACCCGCUCGACGACGCGCGGAAUUUGUUGAUGCCAGUCUACGGCGUGCUGGCCUGGGCCGGCGAGCCCGUCGGCGCCGAGGGCCAGCCGCUCGCCUGGGUCACGUCAGAGGAGCUCGGCUCCGACGCGUACCCUAUGCCGCCCGCCGACUACCCGCUCGUCGACCCCGUCCGCCAGUUCCUGCGGCGGCGCGAGCGGUCCGGGAAGCGCUGGCGGCUCGUCGCGCCUGUGCGGCGGUUGCUAAGACGACGAAGAUGA